UGCCAGGAGCGUCGAAUGCUUUUGGAACUAGUUGGUCCUGAACUGCAGUCCAUUUACGAUGAUCGGCAAAUUGAGAUUGAAAUUGUCGACAUGCACUUCGGCACUGGCCCCUUACAUAUAAUGCAAGUCGAACAGGAUCCGUAUAUUCUACAAGAUUAUCUUCACGAAAUUGAGACUUGCUACAAUAACUCAAAAAGUGUAUUUUUUCUGGCGUUAAUCGGCGAUAGAAUCGGUCCCAUGCCAUUGCCAACGCACAUCGAUGACGAUAUUUUCACAGCCAUACUAGAGCAUACGCAAACGAGCGAUGAAGAGCGGAAUUUGUUACGAAAAUGGUACGCACAGACAGCAACAGGCACUCAAAAUAUAAGGAGUUGCAGCAGUAGUGAAGCAGAGGGCAAAGCUGCUAACGCACAUAGCAAAUACGUGCUUAAGCAGGACUAUCGGUGAGUGAUGUUUGGAUAA